UCUUUAUUUAAGCAGGCUGACAUUCCACUUUAAAAUCGUUUUUAUUUUAAUGCGGCACUCAAAAUUCCGAUGCCUUUAAAUAUAAACCCAUUCACUUCUCAGCAGCAGUCACGCCGUCUUCCUUUAUCUAUAAAUAUCCCUUAAUGCAGCGUAAAGGCUAGCACAAAAACAAUGGCUUAUCAAAUUGUGGCUUAAGACACUUGCGAGCGUCUGCAUACGUAAAAUACUUUUAACAUCGUUAUUUGCUCUCUUACUCCUCUGGCAUACAGAAACAGCGUACGUCUUGCUUUGGAGCUCCUCUCUGUCUGUGUGACGGCACUAUUGUUUCUCGUACGCUUAGCUCAGCUUGACUGGAAGACGUGCUCAGAGUCUAAAUUUGUUGUUUUGAACUGUUUGGUUGUUUUCACUGCUCUUUCUUUCUUUCCUCAUUUCACAAUGUCUGCUUUGUCUUUGCUUUUGUUAGUAUUUUCUUUCUUCCGCUGGAGAUAUGUGUACGAGGUAAACGUUUGUCCACUGUUUGUGCUGUGAUAGACUCUGCUUGGAGGUACACACGAGCAUGAUGGUGUGACUGUUAGCAUUACUCAGGCUUUUUGUUGUUGACUUGGAAUUUAGUUGGUCUCGUGUAGCGUUCGAAGCCGGUCGUCGGUUGGCGGCACUUGCAGCGUACAUAUUUGGCCUUCAUUCGGUACGAAAUCUUGAAACAUUACAGCCACAUAUCGGCUGGACGCUCGCUUUUACGGUUAAAAUUUGUAGUGCGACCGUAGUUGUUGUUGUCGUCUCCGUCACCGCCACCGUUGUCGUGAAAGUUGUGUCUACUAUUACUAUUUAUUUAUUAUUUGGUGGUGUUAUUGCUAUCUGCAUUCAAUUAUUCACCAAAGUGACACUCAUGCAUAUGUGUUGGUGUUGUUGUUGUUAUUAUAAAUAUAUUUCGUGAAACGGCCGUUGUCAUUCUACGUGAGAAUGCGUGUGCGUGUGCGUGCGUGUAUUUGAUCGCCUGCUGAAGCGCUCCUGAUGACGCAUAGUGCCGUACGGUGGUAAACUCGAGUAGGAAUACCUUAAAAAUCAACGCGAACGCACACACAAUACAAACGCAAGUGCUGCGUGCAUUCCGCAUUACAGCCCACGGUGAAGUGUGUCACUUGAGUGAGUAGCAAUAAAAAAAUACGAAAAUGCAUUUGAUUCGGAGAGCGCCGAACGCAAGCUGCUAUCGGGAAAUAAAAAUGCGCAAAGUUCAUGGUCAACUGUUGUCACAGAACGCAGCAGCAGCCGUGUUGGCAUACGCCCACGCGUGCAAUUUCGUGUUUGAGCAGAAUCGUGUUCAUAAUAUUUUCGACUAGUGCAACGAGUCCACUUAAAAGAAAAGUUUCGCUUUAUUAAACGCUGUGCGAUAGUGAUGAAAAACUCGUUCUCGGCCGCAGAACGCGAAAAAGAUAAAAAAAAAAAAAAAAUUUACUAACCAAAUAUAAAAAAUCCUCAAAAGCUAUAGUUGAACCAUAAAAUUAUGUCCAAAGUGCUGUGUUUAUUACGUUUAAAACUAAAAAUAAUUUCUACAAUACCAAUUGCUGUGAUUAAGUUUGAAUUAUGACGUCCAUUACAAUGAAUAUGGUUUUCUUAAAGGAUUUACGAACGCGCAUUAAAGGAUAUAUACACGGUGACUACAUCAAACAUCCCGUCCUUUACGAGCUCAGCCAUAAAUAUGGCUUCACCGAUAAUCUUCCCGAGAGUGCAUUGCCUAACCGCCUCGAGGAAAUCAAAGAGGCGAUACGGCGUGAAAUUCGCAAAGAGCUGAAAAUUAAAGAGGGUGCCGAGAAGUUGCGCGAGGUAGCCAAAGAUCGACGCUCUCUGAACGACGUGGCUUCAAUUGUGAAGAAAAGCAAUAGCAAAUUAGCCGAGUUAAAAUCGGAGUUGCAAGAAUUGGAGAGUCAUAUUCUUCUAACGCAAGGCAACUCCGUGAGCAAUGGUAGAGAUGGCUACUCCUCGAAUUUAUCCACGCCAACGUCAACUUUAGGCGGCAGCGUCAGCAGCUUGGGCGGUGGCAAUGGCGGCCUUAUUGGUGGUGGUCACGAACAGCUUUCGACGAACGACAAAAUGCUCAUCUCACUCGAGAAGCAAUUGAAUAUCGAAAUGAAAGUGAAGAAUGGCGCUGAGAAUAUGAUACAGUCAUUGGCGAAUGGCCAUCAUGGGCGUGACAAAAAGCUCUUGGCUGAGGCGCAACAAAUGUUGGCCGAUUCGAAGGCGAAAAUUGAGUUUUUGCGGUUACGCAUCCUCAAAGUAAAGCAGAAUAAGGAACAUGCUCACAAAUUGUCCGCACAGGCAGCAAUAGCGGCCAGCGGCGAUGGGGAGAAUGGUGGGCAGCCGCAACGGCUGGAGACAACGCUCGAGGAACGCAUCGAAGAGUUGCGGCAUCGCUUACGCAUCGAGGCCGCCGUCGUGGAUGGAGCAAAGAAUGUGAUACGUACCCUACAGAAUAACAAAGUGCCCGAUAAGAAGGCGUUGCAAGAGGCAAACAUACGUCUUAGUGAGUCUUCACGUAAGCUGGAUCUCCUAAGGCAUUCGCUUGACUUGCGACGUCUGGAAUUGCCCGUGGAUUCACCGGCCGCACACCAACUAAAAUCGGAGCUGCAGUCGGUACAGCAAGCUUCGUCGCCAAUUCCAGUCACUUACACAUCUCUGCAACCCUUUCACGGCGGUCUUUUGGGCGGAAAACCAUACCAACAGGUCUCGUCACUCGGCCGUUGCGCCAGCGUAUCCGGUAAGCUGGAAGUGCGUCUGAUGGGGUGCCAAGAUUUACUCGAAGACGUGCCUGGACGUUCGCGACGCGAUAAAGAUAACAAUUCCAGUCCGGGAGAUUUGCGCAGCUUCGUUAAGGGUGUAACGUCCCGGAGCAGUUCGAAAAGUUAUUCAGUCAAGGAUGAGACAUCGUCUGAAAUAAUGGCUGUCAUAAAGCUAGAUAAUAUAACAGUGGCGCAGACUUCUUGGAAGCCCUGCUCGCAACAGGCUUGGGAUCAGCGCUUCUCCAUCGAUCUAGAUCGCUCGCGUGAACUGGAAAUCGGAGUUUACUGGCACGACUGGCGCUCCUUAUGCGCUGUAAAAUUCUUGCGUUUAGAAGAGUUCAUCGACGAUGUGAGACAUGGUAUGGCACUGCAAUUGGAGCCGCAAGGUCUGCUAUUUGCCGAAAUCAAAUUCCUCAAUCCGAUGAUAUCGCAAAAACCGAAGUUGCGUCGCCAGCGUAUGAUAUUCAAUAAACAACAAGUGAAGAAUAUACCACGUGCCAAGCAAAUGAACAUCAAUGUGGCCACAUGGGGUCGUUUGCUGAAGCGCAAUACACCCUCCAGCUCGCACCUCGCCACCGAAGGCACAACGCGCGGCAAUUCACGCGACAGCGAAUCACCCAUUUCACGCUCACCAUCGUCCGGCACCAUCGAUGCCGAACCCGAACCGUAUUCACCCGGCCAGCAGGCACGAAAUUUGGAAUAUGAUCCUGAAGCGGGUCUGCACGAUCACGUCGAAACACCUGGCGAAUGCCCUGAUCCCGAAGUGAGCGGUCUGAGUGGCAUGCGACCACUUUCGAUGCAGGGCAUUGCAGUGCUGCCACCGGAAGUGCCUUCACAAACUACACAGUCUUCUACACAACAGCAGCAGCAACAGCAACAGCAGCAGCAGCAACAUCAUUUGUCUACGAAAAACAAUAAUUUGCAUUUGCAGAUCGCCGGGAAGCAUGGCUCAAUGACGACUGCUGAAAUUGUCAGCGGCUUGUCGAUGGGCUCGAGACCCACUUCGAAAUUGCCAACACCCACGCAAACGCAGCCGCCACCCAUUCCGGCAACCGCGCCACCUAAACUCGAUCCAGAGUUACAGAGCGCAUUGCGUGAAUUCGAUUUCCUCAAUCAAAUGGACUCACAGCCCAAUACACUGCAACGGCCGGUGCAUCAAUACAAUCGACAACAACAACAACAACAUCAUGCGCAGCAGCAACCACCAACGCUGCAACCGAAGCCCCAGCAACAGCCCAUACAGCAGCAGUACAUUGCCUCGGCCGCCCAGCAAACACUCCAGCCAUAUCAUACACCACUGCCCACUCAGCAUCCAAUGCCGUUGCACCAGUAUCAACCACCAGGCGCUAGUGUUCAGGGUCGUCAGCAGGGUUCAAUGCCAACAACUCCCGAAGCCAAUAGCCAAACGGUGGCGCCACAUUUCGUUAAUCCAGCGGUGGCGAAUAAUAACAGUAAAUACCAUGUGCCGCAUGUAGCACGCCAAACUAGUCAAAGUAGUUUCAGAAACCAGCUGCCGCAACAGCAACCGCAACAGCAACAGCAACAAAACUACAAUAACAAUAAUAAUAGCAAUGCAAAUGCGGCGGGUGGUGGCAUGGCCAACAUGUACCAUCGUCCAGUGCUGGCCAUGCCGCCGGUGAUAUUGAUGGGCGGCGAGUUGGGGGUCGGCGAUAUGACCAGCCCGAUAAUUGAGAUGCCACCGUCACCAGCGCCAAGCGGAUUGCCGAUUGUGGAGUAUCCCGAUGACGAUGAGUAUGCGGCGCUCGAUGUUGCGGCGACGAGUUACAGCACCGGUGCCGGUGAUCGUUUCUGUGUCGAGAUUAUACCACAAUUUGGCAAUUUAUCAGUCAAUAGCAACAGCAACAAUAAUCAACAACAAAAGCAAUAUGUGCCCGACUCACCGAUUGUACAGGAGCCGCCAACACCCACCGUCUAUGGACAGGCUGCGGUGCAGACGCCGCAUUUCCCACAGGCUGCCCAACGUCAAAGCUAUGCAGCACCACCUGCAUCCGCUGCCUACCAGCAGCAACCCAUCUACCAGAAUCAAUACGAGCUUAACGCGGCUGCAAUGCCGCCGCCGCCAGCCGUGGGCACAGGUGGACGUCGCAAUGUGGCACGAGGUUUACAGUACCGCGACUCUGCUUACGAGUCACGCCGCCAAUCGCAGGCCAUCGGCGGAGGUGGUGUGCCGCCAGGCAUUCUGUCCAUUGAGAAGUUCCGACUGCUAAGCGUGCUGGGUCGCGGACACUUUGGCAAAGUCAUAUUGUCGCAGUUGCGCAGCACCAACCAAUAUUAUGCCAUCAAGGCGUUGAAAAAGGGCGAUAUUAUAGCACGCGACGAAGUUGAAUCGCUGCUGAGUGAGAAGCGCAUCUUCGAGGUAGCCAAUGCGAUGCGUCAUCCAUUUCUGGUCAAUUUGUACGCGUGUUUCCAGACCGAACAACACGUUUGCUUUGUUAUGGAGUAUGCGGCGGGUGGUGAUCUGAUGAUGCACAUUCACACCGACGUAUUUUCGGAGCCGCGUGCGGUCUUCUACGCCGCUUGUGUUGUACUUGGGCUACAGUAUUUGCAUGAAAACAAAAUCAUAUAUCGUGAUUUGAAACUGGAUAAUCUACUUUUGGACACAGAUGGUUAUGUAAAAAUUGCUGAUUUUGGUUUGUGCAAGGAGGGCAUGGGCUUUGGCGACCGGACGGGCACUUUCUGUGGCACACCCGAAUUUUUGGCGCCCGAAGUGCUCACAGAGACGUCGUACACACGCGCUGUGGACUGGUGGGGUUUGGGCGUACUGAUAUUCGAAAUGCUUGUCGGCGAGUCUCCAUUCCCCGGCGAUGAUGAGGAGGAAGUUUUCGACUCGAUCGUUAACGAUGAAGUUCGCUAUCCGCGAUUCCUGUCACUGGAGGCGAUCGCCAUCAUGCGUCGGUUAUUGCGCAAGAAUCCAGAACGCAGAUUAGGUUCUUCGGAACGCGAUGCGGAGGAUGUGAAGAAGCAAGCGUUCUUCCGUUCAAUCAGUUGGGAUGAUUUGUUGCUGCGUAAGGUGAAACCGCCUUUUGUGCCGACAAUAAACCAUCUUGAGGAUGUGUCGAACUUCGAUGAGGAAUUCACCUCUGAAAAACCGCAGCUGACGCCUCCAAAAGAGCCACGACAUUUGACUGACGAAGAGCAACUGUUCUUCCACGAUUUUACAUACACAGCCGACUGGUGUUGAUAUCUCGCAAAUGCGCAGCUAAAUUCAUUGUAAAAUAUAGAGGAAAGCAACUCAUCUACGCCAACUUAGAGAGCGAGAACGGUGUGAAUGAAUUCUCCCCUUUGGAACUAUGGAGGAGAAUUGUUGGUCGUUUGGACACUUAUUUUUCAGUUUGAAAUAUUCGAUUUUGUAAAAUGUUUCGCUCUAACUUGUUCAAAUGUUUGGUGUGACCAUCGCUGUUUAAUUCGAUUUUGUAUUAGUUUAAGUAAACAGUAAUUUGAAUAGAACACAUAGUUCGGCUAAGUAUACAAAACAAUAUGCAUUAUUACAUAAUAAAAGAAGCAUGUUAUUUAAUAGAAACGUUAUUUAAGAGAAGUGAAAAAUUAUUUAUAAAAAAAAACAAUUAUACAUACAUAUACAUAUACUAUAUGCGAAUAAACAUACAAAAAUAUAUACAUGAUUUAUGUAGAGUUCAUUAAAAUAUUAAAAAUCGCGAAAUUAAAGUUGGUUAAACUAAAAAGGAUUUUCAUUGAUUGCUUUAAUCAAAUUUAUAAAGAAACUCAACUAAUUAAGUGAAGCUAAUUUUUUAAUGUUUGCAAACAAACAACCGACUAACAAAAGCAGCUAUUUGAAAAAUGUGCGCGUAAGAAUGUAUACAAAAUAUCGCGCGAAAAUUGAAGAAAACUUCUAUGCAUUUUAUUUGAAAAAAAAUUGUGUAAAAUGAGAAAUGAAAGAUUUUUAGUAGAAAUAAAAAUAUUGUAUUAUGUUGAAGUCAAGAAAUGUCUGCAUGCCUUUAGACUAAGUGGAGUUUAAAUUAAGUAAAUUGUUGAUUUUAACAAAAAUUUGGAUGCUAGACAAAAGUACAUUUUACCGUUGCAAGUUUUUUUUUUUAGCCCAUUUACCUAACAUAACUGGAAAAGUAAACUCGUUUGGCUAACAGAAAGUAACUGAGUUAGCAAUUCUGCAUAGCAUCCACAAACAAAAAAAUUGUUGUAAAUAUUUUUUGUCAUUCUUACAACAAGUUUUACACACAUACACACAUGCAUAUACACAAGCAAUAAAUACUAAAAAUAAAGUAUGCGAUAAAUACGUAUAUAAAUAUACAUACAUUUUCAUAUUAUAAUUAUAUACGGAAAAUAUAAAGCGAACAUUGAAAUGAUACUGAAAACGACUUUACCAAGUCUAAUCCACAAUCUAAUCUUAUAUGUAAGGUUACGCUUUUCUGAAUUAAUAAUGCAGU